AACGGCUACACUGUAAAUAAAAUAAUCUCACUGGACACUAUGAAUGUAUUCAUAUUGGUUGUGUGUUUCGGGAGUGCUUUAGCUUUUCCAUUUGAGAUAAAUGUUAACUGGCCCUUUAUAGUAGCGGAUGAACAUACAAGUAAUAUGGAAGCGUUUUUUAAAGAUCAAAAGAUUCAGGCUGAGAAAGCCUUCACUUCCAGUAUUGAAGAGGCGAGACGAAUGAAGAAUUCAGUGUUCAGUUACUUCGAAGAUAAGCAAAGGCAAUUCAGUGAUGAUUUAAAUGAUUACGUGGAAAGUGUUAAAGAAAGUGGUAGAAAAUUUUCUGAUUCAUGGUCAUUUUUACAAAGGGAAGACGCGGGAGACCGAAUGGAGAACCCGGAUAUCGUUCUUUCAGUGCCUUCGAUCAUAAUUCGUAAUGUUUACCCCUGUGAAACACAUAUUGUAAUGUCUCAGGGUUACUUGUUGAAUAUCCAUAGAAUCCCUCGUUCCAAGAAUGGAGGAGGCAUCCCAAGGAAGACUAUUAUUUUACAUCAUGGUCUUUUCGCGAGUUCAGCUGAUUGGAUUCUCAAUGGUCCAGAAAAAAGUUUAGCAUACAUCUUAGCCGACGCCGGUUACGAUGUAUGGAUGCCUAACAUAAGAGGAAACAAAUAUUCAAGAGAACAUGCUUGGUUAAAAACUAAUUCUAAGUCCUUCUGGAACUUUUCUUGGCACGACGUGGCGGUAUACGACGUACCAGCUAUUAUAGAUUACAUAUUGAAGGAAAAGGGUGAGGGUACAAAAGUAACUUACAUUGGCCACUCCAUGGGAACCACAAUACUUUUCGCAAUGUUGACUAUGAGACCAGAAUACAAUGAUAUUUUAACCGCUGGUUUUGCACUAGCUCCGGUCGUUUUCUUAUCGGAUAUAAAAACACCUAUAAAAUCUUUAAGCAAAGUAGCCAGUAACGUGGCUCAGAUGGAAAUGUUAUACGGUUCUUAUGAGUUUAUACCAAAAAAUUCAGUUUUAGGGAAAAUGACAAAAUCCUGUGAUGUGGACGGCCGUGACGCUGCAGUUUGCAAGAAUCUCCUAUUCUACAUCUGCGGAUACAACGAGAAGCAGUUCAAUAAAACGCUGUUACCAAUUUUCUUGUCCCAUAUAGGUACAGGAACCUCGUGGAAAACAGCCGUACAUUUCGCACAGGAAGUAGUUGCGGGUGGUAAAUUCCAGCAGUUCGAUUACGGUAGCGAUUUAAACCUCCGAGUGUACGGUAACGAAGCACCACCAGAAUAUGACCUCGAUAAAAUAAAAUUACCUCUGACGUUAUUCUGGGCUGAAAACGAUUUGCUAUCUAGCGAAGCCGAUGUCAAAGAUCUUUACAAGAGAUUACCACCGACCACGCAAAUCUACAAAAUAUCUGAUCCUGACUUCAAUCAUUUAGAUUAUCUGUGGGCGAUCGAUGCGCCCACAUUAUUCACUGAUAAGAUUUUAUUUUAUUUGAAACAAGUUUACUCCACUUUAUAGAAUAUAUUUAGUAGUGGGGAAACUAAUGUUGACAUUGAAUUAGAGCAUACUGCUUUAUAUAGUAGGGAAAUAUAUAUCAAAUGACGAAAGGUUUUAUGUUACCAGUCGUAAAAUUGUUCCUUAGAUUUGCUUCUGUAAGAUAUAUGAAAAAAAUAUUUUGUAAAUACAAUGUAUUAUUAGACUUAUAAGAUUUAUGAUAAACUGUAUAAAAAUAUAUUUUUUUACCCCAAACUUGACUUCGUCACUCGCUUUCAGUUUCAGUAACAGUUCGUUAUUUUAAGAAGGUUCUCUAUUUUUUGUCCUUGUCAAUUGAUUUGCUAUAUUUUAUGUUACUAAGAAACAAACAUACACAGUAUGUCCUUGAACAAACAGAUAGUUCUAAAGUCUUGUAACAGAAUAUUAAAGAAUUCAUAAUCAUUUGUUUUUAUUUGAAUAGCUACGGUCAGUAGCACAGUGAAAUGUUUGCUAAAUAUGGUCUUAAAAACUUCCGCUAUAAUAGUCAUUAGUAUUUUAUUAAAUAUUAAUUAACAUUCAACUAAAAACAUUUAUAUAAAUUUGAAAUUCUAUAAGUUUAUGAUUAGAAGCCAAUUGUGCAAUCUCUAGGUGGGAAGAUGAGCUUAAACAACAUCGAAAUUUGAAAUCAUACCUAAAGUUCUCUCGGAGGCUGUUGGAAUUGAAAUCAAUUCAAAUAUUUGUACUACGCAUAGCAGUAUUCGUAAACUAUUCAGACCUCUAUCUCCAACUAUUUAGACUAAAGCGAAAAUAGAAGCGAGCUUAUAUAGACCAAGCACUAAGUUGGGAAUAAAAGCCAAUGCAAAUUA